CUGCGUGCCGUGUACUGGAAAUAGCUUAAGUGCAAUCGGCACCAAGAGUAGUUUAGAGUUGAUUACUACACAGUCAACACUAAUCCAGUCUAUUGGCUGUCUACGCGCUAAUUGUCGCUUCAUCUCCUAUGGAAAUAACUUCUGAAUGCCCACGUGUUUACAUCGCUGUGCAGUCUCUUGGUUAAAUGCUGGCUGCACUGAAUGAAAACACCGAAGCCCCCCUACCUGGAAACCCACCGGGGAAUUAAGUGGAUUGAAGAAGCAAGUGAGGGAGUCAGAGAGGGAGGGAAGACAUAAGGGAUUAGCAGCUAAUCCAGUGCAUGGACAAUCCUGGAUUUUCUUCUACGAGCGUGGUGCAGACAAAACAGUCCCUGGAUUACGGCACUUUACAUUAUUGCCCUUUUUUCUCCAGAAAGCGUAACCUGGUUUUUCCUUGGCUCGGAUUGCCUCUCAAAGCCCUGGGUUCUCGGGUGUAGGGACUAAAGGACGGAGGACAAAGAAGAGGGGCCCGGUGACAGGAUGUCCCGUGGACAGUGUGGAGCCACACAUGGAUAAACCUCUUUAGGGGGAGACGGUGCAUGUCAGUGGACCCCAAGAUCAAGACUUUGGAGGAAGACAAGUGCAGAAUCUGAUGAGACACACAAGAAGAUCUAUUGAAGACACAUCUGAAAGGACUCGCUGCAAUGGACCCGGGACGACUGACUUGAGCUCGGAUUCAAAUUAAAAGGGAAAUUACGCAACUUUCUGCCACCAUGAGUCUGGGAAAACUGCCAGGGAUUAAGGGCCUUGUGUCCGGCUCUCAGGGGAAACGUCGCUUCAAGAGUGAACUCUGCGUGGAUAUGAUCAGCCCGCCGAUGGGCGACUUCAGACACACGAUGCACGUUGGACGCGGAGGAGAAGUGUUCGGCGACACUUCCUUCCUCAGCAACUACGGAGGCCCACGUGAGCCAGGAAGUCCCGACUCGUCAACCAGCUCCAAGUCUUCUGGGUUCUUCACGCGCACUUUUCGGCACGUGAGGAAAAACUCAGUUGUGCGACCUCGAGGCAGCUCCCGUGAUUUGUCGUCGCCACCACCAGAUGUUUCGCCCAUCAUCAAGAACGCCAUCUCGCUGCCCCAGCUCAACAUGGACUCCUCUAACGGCUGCCACCAGAGGGUGCCGUUCCCCAGCUCCGUCAGCUCCACAGACGACUCCCUCUGCAGCACAUAUGGUCUUCAGUCUGGUUUCGUCACCUUGCCUCGCCUCUCUCGCCUCGACAGACAGUUUCAGGACGGAGACGCCCGACGAGGCUCUCUCCCCGACGGAGGAGGCUUCACCCUGACUCGAUCUGACUCCCUCGCCUCCUUCACCGUGGACCUCGGCCCCUCUCUAAUGUCUGAGGUCCUGAGCUGGAUCGACAACCCCAGCUGCUUCCAGAUGUCCAAUUACAGCCAGGAAGCAGACGAGGAAAAAGAAGAAGAAGAAGAGGACGAAGGCUCUUUAACACCUGUGCAAAGCCCCGAGGUGACUUCCCCAAACCCCUCCAUGAGCUCCUUCAGCAGGAACAUGAGCAGCAGGAGGCGCCCCAGUAGCAAAUGGAGAGAGGAAGAGGAGGAGAGGAGGUCAGUGAGGACUCCAGAUGUUUGUGCCGGGUCUCCUCAGAGAGUGGAGCCUGCGAUGGAGGCGGAGAGGUUUCAGAAGGCGGCGGAUGUUUUGUCUCGUCACUACGGUGGAGGAUCCUUCACCAAGGGAACAAUGAGGAGCAGCAACAACAACAACAACAACAACAACAACAACAACACCGCCGCUCCGGCCUUCUCCCAAGGACGCAUAACACCAAAUGAUUCGUCUUCUGAAGAGGAGGAAGAGAUCAAAGUUUAGAUGUUCAAACUAAGGAUGGGUGAUAUCACGAUAUUUCUGAUCAAAUACCUUGAUUUUAAUACAAUAUUGUGUGGUGGAUAUUGGAGCUUUCACAACAUGUUAACACUAUUUGUAAAAAAUAACCAUUUACGAUUGUUUUUGACUGACAUUGUAAUUGCUAUAAGAUUCACGAUAUCGGAGGGAUUGAUCAUUUUUGCAUCAUACUUCUCAUUAUCAUUAAAGAGGCCCUAUUAUGCUUUUUGGGGUUUUCCCUUUCCUCUCUCUUGGACUCCUUUGUUAUUUUCGUAACAAAGUGGCAUCACUAAGUAACACUUGUGCUUGUAUUGGCUAGCUCUCCAACACAUUGCAUGUGAUAGGCUAAGGGGCGAGACAUCUCUAAGUGGUUGACCAAUCACAACAGAGCCGGCCAGCUAACCAAUCAGAGCAGACUGGGCUCUGGUUUCAGACAGAGGGUGCAUCUCACUUCGGUUAAA